AGCCGGCCGGGGUCUCCUGGCGACGAUGAUGGCGGGGGAUGUGGGCGGUCGCAGCUGCGCCGAUUCGGAGCUGCUGCUGCACCCGGAGCUGCUGUCACAGGAGUUCCUUCUCCUCACCCUGGAGCAGAAGAACAUAACUGUUGAAAAUGACAUGAGAGUAAACAAAGACAGUCUUACCGAUCUUUAUGUUCAGCAUGCAAUACCACUGCCGCAGAGAGAUUUGCCAAAGAAUAGAUGGGGGAAAGUGAUGGAAAAGAAAAGAGAACAACAUGAGAUAAAAGAUGAGACGAAAAGGGCACACCACGCCAGGCCCGGCUCUCUGGUGCAGUGCUUCUCAAACUUCAGCGUGCUCCUGAGUCAGGCUGACCUCUCCCCAGCUGGAGAGUCCUGCCCUCAGUCCUGCUGUCUGUUGCCCUCGGAGGUGGCGGUGGGUGGACGGAGUAGCACCGCAGACGGGUUUCGGAAAAGACCCCUCAUCGUGUUUGACGGGAGUUCAACAAGUACAAGCAUAAAAGUGAAGAAGAGCGAGAACAGAGACAAUGACCGACUCAAGUCCCGGCCUCAGGCCGGCGCUACCAGUAAUGCCUUUCGAAAAUUGUCAGAUUCCUCUUCAGGUGUUUCACCCCUAAUUUUGUCUUCCAAUUUGCCUACGAACAAUAGAAUGGAACACAGUAAUAAUGACACUAAACAGAACCAUGACUUAAUGCAUAGGAAAAGUCCUUCCGGCCCCGUGAAGUCGCCGCCUUUGUCGCCUGUAGGAACUACUCCGGUGAAGUUAAAGCGAGCCGCUCCCAAGGAGGAGGCCGAGGCCGAGGCCGCGAAUAACCUGAAGCCCCCAGAAGCAAAGAGGAAGAUACAGCAUGUUACAUGGCCGUGAAGGAAAGUUUCCAAAAAUCAAAAGAAAAUAACAGUUCAUCGCAACAUUCUAGUGGAUUCUGCCAAACUCCUCCUCAAGGUUCCCCAUGGAAAGCGUGUUAGUAGUGCUGCCAAUAAACUGUUAGGAAUAUACAGAUGACAUUGCUGUUCUUCAAGUGCUCGUGGUGCCUCUUUCCAUAAACUCGAAAGGGAAACGGGCGCUUGCUAUUGCUCCUUCCCUUUUAUUGUGAAUUGGUUUCUUGUGAGUAGACCGGCCCACCCCUUGGACGCUCCUGUCACGUGGCAGCCCUGCUCCUCUUCUCAUGGUGGCUCUGACCUCCCUCUCAGCUCUGGUUUCACUGUCUCCUGGGAGCUUAAUCUUUUCCAGAUGAGGCCGACUUCAAACUCUUCAGGGGAAGUAAUCACUUUAGAGGUGGUACCUGAUGGCAGAAAGCUUACAGGAUAGGAAGGGCGGGUAGAAUUCUAGAACCUGAGAAUCCAGGAAGCCUGGCAGUGAGGGGAACUCAGCGCGACGUGCAGUCGGCAGAAGGGGGGUUGCUGAGUCGGAGGUCACGAGAGAGCAGCACGGGGGCAGGGGCCAGCACCCACGGAGGCACCGCCGAGGUUUCGUUGGUGUUAAGUGGUGUCACUCCAGUUGUGUAGCAGAAGUCAGCGGGGAGAUAGGGUAGCCCUCACGUUCACGAGUUCUGGUGUCCACUUCUGCUGUGUAUUUCUAACCAAGGCCAAGGAUACUUUAUACUCUUCCCUUGUACGACUGAUCUUUGAAUGGGGUUUGCCUUUCAACACUUUUUAGAGCAAUCCAUUCCUUUUUUGAUAUGUUAAAACAAGCAUUUUAGUUCAGCUAUUGAAUAGCCUUACAAAAAAUUAAUUCAGCCUUGCAGGUAAGUACUGUACUAAAACUUUAACCCUACAGUUUUUAGCCUUUCUGCCUUUAUCCAGACGAUAAAUCCAUACCCGUAAGACGAAACUGAAAGACACUGAGUGUGGCAUAAGUUGUUAAUGUUAUGCUAAAUUGUUAAAUGUUUGGUUUUCUGCAGGGCUGAUAUUUGGAAUAUUGUUAAAGGACAGCCAUAAUCCUAUACACAACUGUGUGUUAAGGGAGAUUUUAAAAGUGCAGAUUUCAGGGUAGAAUGACAAAUUAUAUUCUACAUUCUGUUGUCUCUUCUGCUUCCAUCUGCGUUUCUCUCUUAGUUAAGAGAGAUUUAGCCAUUUGACAGUUUUAAGUCAGUGGAAACUUGUGUUUAGUUACUCAAUAAAAUUAGUUUUUAAUUUGUAUAUUUAA